CAAAUAAUGGAAAUUUGGUUACCUACAGCGGAUUCGAAUAAAUUAAUAUCUAAUCUUGGACGUAUCAAGAACAAUAAAGGUGUGAUUUUAAAAGGAAAUGUUUGCAAAAGAAGUGGUUAUAUACGGAUUGACUUAAGCAUUAAUAGUAUUCGUACAUCAACUGGCGUCCAUAUCUUAGUUGCACAAGCCUUCAUCUCUAACCCAGAAAAUAAGCCUUACGUUAACCACAUUAACGGCAUCAAACAUGAUAAUUGGGCUGUUAAUUUAGAAUGGGUAACUCCUAAGGAGAAUGCAGAACGUAAAGUAUUUCCGAAUCGUGGUCAUGGUAGCUCUAGGAGUAUCGUGCAGAAAACAUUAGAUGGAAAUGUUAUUCGGAUUUGGAAUUCUAUUCGCCUUGCUGGUAAUACUCUUAAAGUUCUUGAAAAUAAAAUUUCGGAAUGUUGUAACAGAAAACGAGAUACUGCUGGCGGUUGGUGCUGGACAUAUUAUGAAAAUUACAUAGAACCAGAUUCCAAUGAAGAAUGGAAAGAAAUAGAGAUUGAUUCGCGAAAGUUUAGAGUUUCAUCCUUAGGCAGAAUUCAGCUUCCAAAUGGCGUAAUCACCCAGGGAUCUUUGUAUGCUGGCUAUUACCGAAUUGGUCAUGUUCACAAAUAUCGUGUUCAUCGUUUGGUGGCUUUAGCGUUCUGUCCAAAAGAAGAAGGCAAAGAAUUUGUAAACCACAUUGAUGGCGAUUCCACCAAUAACAAAGCAUCUAAUCUCGAAUGGUAUACACCAAAAGACAAUUUACAACAUGCAGUGCGUCUCAGGCCUCAGGAUGGUUGGAUGCGUCAACGUGCUGUCAAGCAGAUUUUUGAUGAUGGGUCUUUUCGAGAAUUUCCAUCCUUAAUUGAAGCACAACGCAUAACUGGGAUUGAUCAAUCAA